UAAUAUUUAUUUUAUUUUGUUUAUAUAUAACUUUUUUUUAUUUAACCAAAUUUUUUUUUUUAUUAAAAUAACCAGGGUAGCCUCAAAUGUUGGACUUGAUAGCUCAAAAUUCCAGUUAGUAAUAAUAUUGAAAAAAAUAAAAUAAAUAAAUUUAAUAUCGCGAAUAAUUAAUUUAUAUAAAAAUCAAUGAAAAAGUUUUUGGUAUGGCAUCAAAGUCAACCUCAUUGAGUCCAAGAAAUUCUGAGGUACAUGCUCUUGAAGAGCGUGGUUACAUUAUUGGAAAGAAAAUUGGCGAGGGCUCAUAUGCAACAGUUCAUCAAGCUGAAUAUUAUUGUAAUGAUAGAUCAAAAAAAAUUCAAUUAGCUUGCAAGAUUUACGAUAAAGAAAAAGCACCAUUUGAUUAUGUUGAAAAAUUUUUUCCACGUGAGCUUGAAAUUUUAACUAAAGUUGAAAAUCCAUUUAUAAUACAGGUACAUAGCAUACUUCAACGUGGACCAAGAGUAUUUAUUUUUAUGAGAUGUGCUGAAAAUGGUAAUUUACUUGAUUACGUAAAACGCAAUAAAAUAGUACCAGAACAACAAUCACAAAUUUGGUUUCGUCAAAUGGCAUCUGGUCUUCAUUAUUUACAUGCUAAAAAUAUUGCCCAUCGUGAUUUAAAAUGUGAAAAUAUAUUAAUAUCACGUAAAAAUCAUGUUAAACUUGCUGAUUUUGGUUUUGCUAGAUUUUGUGUUGACAAUGAUAAUCGUAGAAUAUUAAGUCAAACAUAUUGUGGCUCAGCAGCAUAUGCUGCACCAGAAGUUGUAUCUGGUACACCAUAUAAUCCAAAAUUAGCAGAUGUAUGGUCACUUGGUAUUAUACUAUACAUAAUAUUAUUUGGUACACCACCAUUUGACGAUGAAAAUCUUACUAAAUUAUUACGUAAUCAAAUGUCUAAAAAUUAUGUAUUUCGUUCACAUGUACAAAGUUGUAUUUCUGAUUAUGCUAAACAUCUUGUACGUCAUAUAUUAGAACCAGAUAUUACAUUGAGAUUUACACUUGACAGAGUUAUGGGACACGAAUGGGUGUCCAUUCAAAAGAAAAAAUCACUUUUAUAUGCUAAAAAAGUUGAUAAUGCUCAGACAAGUGAAGUCAAUCCAGUGAAAAAAUGUCAUCACAGAUGAGAGAAUACAAUCUAAAUGAAGAAAAAAAAAAACUACCAAGCAGUAGAUAAAAGAAAAAAAAAUAAUACGAAAUUUUAUAACAAGACAUUUUUUUAAAAAAUUAAACUUUGAUACUCAUUGAUUAUUUAAAAUACAUAUAGGUAAAUUUAAUUUUUUUAUUAUUGUUUUAUAUUACCAACUAUUUAAUGUACAAAACUACAAUUUUUUUUUUUUUUUUUUUGUUAAAUUUACAUUGAAUUAUAAUUAGAGUUAAUUAUAAAUUGACAGUAAGUAGAACAAUAUAUAUAUUUAUUUUUUUUUAUUAUAUAAAAUAACAGAUUAAAAUGAUGAUAUAUUUUUAUUAAUAUAAAAUUUGAUAUUUAAAAUUUGUACUGAAUUACUUAGCACCAUUUUAUCAAGUGAUGGAAAUGCCUGGAGUAAAAUCAAUUUUAAAAAAAUUAAUUAAGCCAAAAAUAAAUUUACGAAA